GAUACCUUACUUAAGGGGAAUCGAGCUCCUCCCACUCGGACCAACAGGUCGUUGGUUAGGGAUUCCUCUUCAUGCUUGGAAUGAAAGUUGCUUCAAAUUGAUAGGAGAUCAAUAUGGAAGAUACAUCUAUGCUGACAAACAUACUAUGGAUAAGAGUUACUAGGAAGCGGCUAGAAUAUCUGUAAUGGUAUCCGAAUCCGAGAAGCUUGAUGGUGAUUUGGUCUUAAGAGUCAAUGGUCGUCCAUUUGAUAUACAUGUGUCCGAGGAAUCAUGGAGAGCAGAUCUUGAGUGGUGGAUGUAUGGCAAUAAGCAGAAUGAAGAGGGUGAUGAUAAUUCAAUCUCAACCUUUUCCAGCAGUGCAGCGAAGACAGAAAGUUAUCUUUCCGGUGACCGUAACAUUGACGGUUGGUCUAGCAGCUUUGAGGAAGUCGAAGAGGCAUAUGUCAAUAAUAUCACUUCAGCUCCAUAACAGAGCUUCUACAAGGCACAAAAAGAAUUAUAUUGCUGAAUUAAUGAUGAUAAUGGUACUCUUGUAUCAGACAGAACAGGAGUAGAGGAAAUCUGUAUAAGAUAUUUCAAAGAUUUAUUCACUUCUAGAUAUUCUGUACCAAACAGAAGAAUUCUUCAUGCACUAGAGGGUAGAGUCUUGUCCUCGAUGGCGACCUUUCUUGAUAGAGACUUUACGAGUUCUAGAGUUCUUGCUACCUUAAAGUAAAUCCAUUCUUCAAAA